GAAACAUCCCAGACGGCUGGAUGUGGUUUUAAAAGCUGAACCAAAGCGACGCAGAGCAGGCCGGAAAGAACUCGAGGAGGGCGGACGUUUGAUUUUACGUUCAAAGAGAGUUUGGCAGUUUGCGGAGGAAAGUUCCGGGAAGCACUUUAACAUGGACUCGAGCCGCAGUGACCACACGUCCUCGCCCUGCUUCAACCAUCAAGACAUAGAACAGAUAGUUGAUGAAGAGGAGCAGCAGGAAUGUAGCUCCAGUGAGGACCAGCAGGAGCCAGAGCCCCCCCCACACAUUAAAGAGGAACAGGAGGAACUGUGGAGCAGUCAGGAGGGAGAGCAGCUUCAAGGGCUGGAGGAGGCUGACAUCACCAAGUUCCCAUUCACUCCUGUCCCUGUGAAGAGUGAAGAUGAUGAAGAGGAAGCUCAGUCCUCACAGCUUCAUCAAAGACAAACUCAACACAUGGAAACAGAAGCUGAUGGAGAGGACUGUGGAGGACCAGAACCAGCCAGGAACUCACAUCCACUUUUACAACCAGAGACUGAAGACCAGACUGGAGACUCUUCUGAACCUGAGACUGAUGACAGUGCUGAUUGGAAGGAGACCAGAGAACCUCAGUCAGCUUUAAACUCUCUGAAACAUGAUUCAAGACGUAAGAAAACAUUCAGCUGCUCCGAGUGUGGGAGGAUAUUUGGCCACAAGGGUAGUCUGAAUAGACACAUGAUAACUCAUACAGGAGAGAAACUUUUCACCUGCUCAGUCUGUAAGAAAGGUUUUACACAGAGUGGAAGUUUAAAAAAACACAUGAGAAUCCACACAGGAGAGAAGCCUUUCAGCUGCUCUGAGUGUGGUAAAGCUUUCACUGAAAAUGGGCAACUGAAGACACACAUGAGAACUCAUAUGGGAGAGAACCAAUUUAACUGCAGUGUGAAUGGUUCAAGAUGUAAUGCUGAUGAGAAAACAUUUAGCUGCUCUGAGUGUGGUAAAAGAUUUGGAACCAAGGGAAGUCUGAAGAAUCACAUGAUAAAUCACAUAGGAGAAAAAGCUUUCAGCUGCUCCGUCUGUAAGAAAUGUUUUACACGGAGUGGAAAUUUACAGACACACAUGAGAAUCCACACAGGAGAGAAGCCAUUUAGCUGCAGUGUUUGUCACAAAACAUUUGCCUGGCAUUCGCCGUUCAAAACGCACAAAUGUUGUCAGUCGUCACAGCUUCAUCAGGGUCAAUGUGAGGAGAACAGAGAGGCAGAGCCUCAGUCAGGUUUAAACUCUUCAAAAAAUCAGUCAAGAUGUAGUGCAGAUGAGAAACAAUUUAGUUGCUCUGAUUGUGAGAAAAGAUUUGGAACCAAGGGAAGCCUGACGAGACACAUGAUAACUCAUACAGGAGAGAAACCUUUCAGCUGCUCGGUCUGUAAGAAGUCUUUUGCACGGAGUGGACGUUUACAGACACACAUGAGAAUCCACACAGGGGAAAAGCCUUUCAGCUGCUCAGUGUGUGGUAAAGCUUUCACUGAAAGUGGACAACUGAAAAGACACAUGAGAACUCACACAGGGGAGAGGAAGUACAGCUGCAGUGUUUGUGACCAAAGAUUGACUUGUCCUCGGCAGCUCAAAAAGCAUAAAUGUGUUGGUCGUAAGUCGUCACACCUUCAUCAGAGUCAAACGGAGGAGAACAGAGAGGCAGAACCUCCAGCCAGCAGAGAAACUCAACACAUGGAAACAGAAGCUGAUGGAGAGGACUGUGGAGGACCAGAACCAGCCAGGAACUCACAUCCGCAUCCACUUUUACAACCAGAUACGGGAGAUAGUGUUGUUAGCGAUUCUCUGGAGACCAGAGAACGUCCGUCAGGUUUUAACUCUCUGGAACACGAUGGAUGUAAUACUCACAAGAAAUCAUUCAGCCUCUCUGAGUAUGGGAAAAUAUUUGGCAAGAUUUGGUGUGUGAGAAGACACGUGAGAAUCCACACAGGAGAGAAUCCAUUCAGCGGCUCAGCGGUGCAGCAGCUGUCGGUAGUUAAAAAAGAGGUUCCCCCUGAGCAGCAGGAGUGUAGCUCCAGUGAGGACCAGCAGGAGCCAGAGCCCCCCACACACAUUAAAGAGGAACAGGAGGAAUUGUGUAUCAGUCAGGAAGGAGAGCAGCUUCAAGGGCUGGAGGAGGCUGAUAUCACCAAGUUCCAAUUCACUCCUGUUUCUUUGCUCAGAAACCCCCUUAUUGUUAAUAUACAUAGGAAGCCGUACAUCUUCUGA